GCCGGCCCAGUUCUCCUUCCUCAACACUGGCUGCUGCCCGGAGCAGGCCUGCAAGUGCAAGAGGAGCCUAGGGAAGCCUCAGGCCGCUGGCGCCAUGACGGUCUCGUACACCCUCAAAGUGGCGGAGGCCCGCUUCGGAGGCUUCUCUGGGCUGCUUCUCCGGUGGAGGGGAAGCAUCUACAAGCUCCUCUACAAGGAGUUCCUGCUCUUCGUGGUCCUGUACGCUCUGCUCAGCAUCACCUACCGGCUGCUGCUGACCCAGGAGCAGAGGCUCGUGUAUGCGCAGGUGGCCCGAUACUGCAACCGCUCCGCAGACCUCAUCCCCUUGUCCUUUGUCCUGGGUUUCUACGUGACCUUGGUGGUGAACCGCUGGUGGGCCCAGUACACCAGCAUCCCGCUGCCAGACCAGCUGAUGUGCGUCAUCUCGGCCAGCGUGCACGGCCUGGACCAGCAGGGCCGCCUGCUGCGCCGCACGCUGGUCCGCUACGCCAACCUGGCGUCCGUGCUGGUGCUGCGCUCGGUCAGCACCCGCGUGCUGAAGCGCUUCCCCACCAUGGACCACGUGGUGGACGCAGGUUUCAUGUCCCAGGAGGAAAGGAAGAAGUUUGAGAGCCUAAAGUCUGACUUCAACAAGUACUGGGUCCCCUGUGUCUGGUUCACCAACCUGGCGGCCAGGGCCCGCAGGGACGGGCGAGUCCGCGACGACAUCGCUCUCUGCCUGCUCCUGGAGGAGCUGAACAAGUACCGAGCCAAGUGCAGCCUGCUGUUUCACUACGACUGGAUCAGCAUCCCUCUCGUCUACACCCAAGUGGUGACCAUAGCAGUGUACUCCUUCUUCGCCCUCUCCCUGGUCGGCCGCCAGUUUGUGGAGCCAGAGGCAGGGGCUGCCAAACCCCGGGAGCCUCUGGAGCCAGGCCAGGAGCCGGGGCCAGCGCUGGGGGACCUGGACAUGUAUGUGCCCCUCACCACUCUGCUGCAGUUCUUCUUCUACGCCGGCUGGCUCAAGGUGGCCGAACAGAUCAUCAACCCCUUUGGUGAGGACGACGAUGACUUUGAAACCAACCAGCUCAUCGACCGCAACUUGCAGGUGUCCCUGCUGUCCGUGGAUGACAUGUACCAGAACCUGCCUCCGGCGGAGAAGGACCUGUACUGGGACGAAGGCUCGGUGCAGCCGCCCUACACAGUGGCCACGGUGGCCGAGUCUCUGAAGCCUUCCUUUCUGGGCUCAACUUUCAACCUGCGCAUGAGUGACGACCCCGAGCAGAGUCUGCAGGUGGAGGCGACCCCCGCAUUGGCUCGGCGUGCGCCAGCCGCCCAGACCCCGCUGCUCAGCCGCGUCCUGGGGGCCGGAGCACCCUCCCCUGCCGUCAGUCUCCGGAACUUCGGCUGGACCCGAGGACCUCCCCGGACCCCUCACCUGCUGCGCCCCAGGGCCGAGGAGGGCCGAGACCCCGAGGACUGCAUUGAGGAGGCGGACUGCAUGGAGGAGGCGGACUGCAUGGAGGAGGAGGCAGGUCCAGAGGACCAGGCCCAGGAGCCCUGA